AUGGCUGCUUCGACUUGGCCCAAAGGCGCGCAAGUUGCCAUUAGCUUCACUUGUGACAAUCUUGGAGAAGCGCAAGAGAUCAAUUCUGGGGUCUGGCCAACCAACGUGGCACCAGGAACGCACUGGUCGGUGCUCAAAGUCCUUCCGAACGUGCUACAAACUCUUGAGAGGCACGGAGUCAAGGCCACUUUCUUUUUUGAGACUUGGAGCAUUGGCAUUUAUGGCGCCGUCACCAAAGAUGUCGUGGAGCGCGGCCACGAGAUCGCAUGGCACGGCUGGCAGCACGAAAACUGGACUCAAUUAUCUGCCCAUGAGGAGCGCGACGUCUUUUCUCGGAGCUUCUCACAGGCCCAAGAUCUUGGCUGUAUGUACAAGGGUUUCAGGCCUCCCGGUGGUUUGAUCAACGAGCAAACAGGUAGCCUACUUCACAAGUACGGCGUGCGUUAUAUCAGCCCAGCCGCUGAGCGAGCAUCUGUCGAGAAUGGACUUGCAAUCCUCCCUUUUCAGUGGGAGGCGGUGGAUGCUUUCUACUACAUGGAUCAAUUCUCGAACCUACGUCAACAGUACAAUGUCCAGAGAGAUUCCCUUGGUCCAGACGCGUGUCUAAGGGGUAUGCUUGACCUAGUCGAGAGAGCCGUGGAGUCGAACGCUUAUGUCUCUGUACUCUUCCACCCGAUCCUCCAAGAUUCGUCUGAAAAGCUUGCUGUUUUUGAGGAGGUUGUGAAUCGCGUUGCACACGAUCCGCGAAUAUGGUGUGCACCGUGUUACGAGGUCGCAGAUUGGGUGCUUGAGAAUAGGGACAAAUUUUCAUCCAAUCCGGGUUGGCCUAAAGCGACAUGGUGA